AUGUCCGCGGAGCCGGAUCACAAGCACGAGAAGAAGAGGGUCAACCUUCAGGAUGCCUCAGGUGCCGAAAAGAGAGAGGAACUCGACACCUCAACUGCCAUCCUUAAGAAGAAGAAGAAGCCCAACUCUUUGAUUGUGACCGAUGCUACCAACGAUGACAACUCCGUCAUUGCUCUUUCCAACAACACCAUGGAGACUCUCCAGCUCUUCCGUGGUGAUACUGUUCUGGUCAAGGGUAAGAAGCGCAAGGAUACAGUCUUAAUUGUCUUGGCCGACGACGACCUUGAUGACGGCAGUGCCCGCAUUAACCGUGUUGUGCGACACAACCUCCGUGUCAAGCACGGCGAUAUUAUUACCGUCCACCCUUGUCCCGAUAUCAAAUAUGCCAAGCGCAUUGCUGUUCUCCCCAUCGCCGAUACUAUCGAGGGUCUGACCGGAUCCAUCUUCGAUGUCUUCCUUGCCCCAUACUUCCGCGAGGCUUAUAGACCAGUCCGCCAAGGCGAUCUGUUCGCCGUGCGCGGUGGCAUGCGUCAAGUUGAGUUUAAGGUCGUUGAGGUGGACCCCCCAGAGUACGGCAUCGUUGCCCAGGACACCAUCAUCCACUGCGAGGGUGACCCUAUUCAGCGAGAAGAUGAGGAGGGCAACCUUAACGAGGUUGGUUAUGAUGAUAUCGGUGGCUGCAGGAAACAGAUGGCUCAGAUCCGCGAGUUGGUCGAGCUUCCCCUCCGCCACCCUCAACUUUUCCGCAGCCUUGGUGUCAAGCCCCCUCGUGGUAUUCUAAUGUACGGUCCUCCUGGAACCGGAAAGACACUGAUGGCUCGCGCGGUCGCCAACGAGACCGGCAGCUUCUUCUUCCUUAUUAACGGUCCCGAGGUCAUGUCAAAGAUGGCCGGUGAGUCCGAAUCGAACCUUCGCAAGGCCUUCGAGGAGGCCGAGAAGAACUCCCCUGCAAUUAUCUUCAUCGAUGAGAUCGACUCAAUCGCUCCCAAGCGUGACAAGACCAAUGGUGAGGUUGAGCGCCGUGUCGUUUCCCAGUUGUUGACCCUCAUGGACGGCAUGAAGUCCCGCUCAAACGUUGUGGUUAUGGCCGCAACCAACCGUCCCAACUCUAUCGACCCUGCCCUCCGUCGUUUCGGCCGUUUCGAUCGUGAAGUCGACAUUGGAAUUCCCGACCCAACCGGCCGUUUGGAAAUCAUGCAGAUCCAUACCAAGAACAUGAAGCUGGGCGACGAUGUCGAUCUGGAGACCAUUGCCGCUGAGACACACGGAUACGUUGGUUCUGAUCUGGCCUCGCUUUGCUCGGAGGCUGCCAUGCAACAAAUUCGUGAGAAGAUGGAUCUCAUCGAUCUCGAUGAGGACACUAUCGAUGCCGAGGUUCUCGACUCUCUAGGUGUCACCAUGGACAACUUCCGCUACUCCCUCGGUGUGUCCAACCCCUCCGCCCUCCGCGAGGUCGCUGUGGUCGAGGUUCCCAACGUCCGCUGGGACGAUAUUGGUGGUCUGGAAGAGGUCAAGCGCGAACUCAUCGAGAGCGUGCAAUAUCCCGUCGAUCACCCCGAGAUGUUCCAGAAGUUUGGUCUCUCGCCUUCUCGCGGUGUGUUGUUCUAUGGUCCCCCCGGUACUGGUAAGACCAUGUUGGCCAAGGCUGUCGCCAACGAGUGCGCUGCCAACUUCAUCUCCAUCAAGGGCCCUGAGCUGCUGAGCAUGUGGUUCGGUGAGUCAGAGAGCAACAUCCGCGAUAUCUUCGACAAGGCUCGUGCUGCCGCUCCUUGUGUUGUGUUCCUUGAUGAGUUGGAUUCUAUUGCCAAGUCUCGUGGUGGCUCUGUUGGUGACGCCGGCGGUGCUUCCGACCGUGUAGUUAACCAGCUUCUGACUGAAAUGGAUGGUAUGACCUCCAAGAAGAACGUCUUCGUUAUCGGUGCCACCAACCGUCCCGAGCAGCUUGAUGCCGCUCUGGUUCGUCCCGGUCGGCUCGACACCCUGGUCUACGUUCCUUUGCCCGACCAGGCUUCUCGUGAGGGUAUCCUGAAGGCUCAGCUCCGUAAGACCCCUGUUGCUUCUGAUGUCGACAUUGCUUUCAUGGCCAGCAAGACCCACGGCUUCUCCGGUGCCGAUUUGGGCUUCAUCACCCAGCGUGCUGUCAAGCUCGCCAUUAAGGAGGCUAUCACUGCCGACAUCGAGCGCACGAAGGCCCGCGAGGCUGCCGGUGAGGAUGUCACCAUGGAUGAUGGCGAGAACCUGGGUGAAGAGGACCCCGUUCCUGAGCUCACCAAGGCUCACUUUGAGGAGGCCAUGAAGAGUGCCCGACGAUCAGUAUCUGACGUCGAAAUCCGCCGCUAUGAGGCCUUUGCUCAGAGUCUUAAGAACUCCGGCGGUAGCAGCUUCUUCCGCUUCCCCUCAGCCGGUGAGGUUCAGGACAACGACACUUUCGGCGAAGCCGGCAACGAUGACAGCCUCUACGAUUAA